AGGUGCGGGAAAAGGAACUGUGUGUGACCCGCUGCGCGUGCCAAACGCAAUCAAAAGAAGACUAGUGUGCGCAGAAGAAGAAAAACACAAAAAAGGCUUGGGAUUAAGUGCGCGACUCUCUCUUUAUGUAUUAUUUUUAUGAAUUAGUAUCCCCGUUACGUUUUUUCCUUAUCAAUUACGGUUCGUAACGUGUUUUUCCGCUAAAGGUACAUCUAAUUUUUCGAUCGCUGGGAAUAGUAGAUAGUGAACUGCAGUGCUGAAUGACUCCGCUGAUUUUUCGUUUCAAUCACUGAUUUGGUAAAAAUUGCUUUUAUUCUUGUGGAAUUAGCUCGGAAAACGCAGAGAAGAGCAUCAAGGAAGAAAGAGAUAGGCUCCUCUCCGUCGAAAUCAACCGCGAGUGUGUGAUCGAGAAGAAAAAUAUUAAAAGCAAAAAAAUUGAUAUAAAUCGCGCGCGUGUGAGAAAAUGUUUGUGUGUAUUACUACUACUAGCGAUUCCGUCAAUACCGAUACAGUGUAGAGAGCAAGAUAUAAAAAUAUUUCAUUGAAUUUUUUACGUGGCAAAAAAGGCGAAACACCGAUCGUAUUAUACCGUCGCAAACAGCAGCGCCAUCAGCCGUGGCAAACCGUGUGAUAGCAGCAGCAGUGUUCUUGGGGUUGCUGUGCGAAUCGAGGAAAAAAAAUCCAUCGUCGUCUUCUGACAACAGCUGCUGGAAAGUGAAGAAAAAGAAAGAAACAAAAAAAAAAACGUCAACCUUCAACUACUGCCAGCACGCACGGUUGUUGUGUUGUUCCUGCAGUGUUUGUAAUUUUUGAGCAUAUACGCACGCAACAAUCCGCGCGACGAACGUCACAGAAGAGCGCCCCCCGCACCCGAAGAGAGGACAACGAAGACACCUUUGAUUCGGCUGUCACUCUCACUCUUCCUCUCCUCAUUCUCCUCUCUGUCCCUCGUAUCGCCGCGCCUGUGUGUGUCGUAGUCGUGUAGCCACCGUCACCGUCGCUGUCGCCGUCGUCGUCGUUGUUGUCUCAAGCUCAAGAUGGCUGCCCUGUGCGCUGGGAGCUAUGGACUGUCCCAGCAGCAGCAGAAUCCCAACGGCAACAAGGAGCUGAUCUUCGUCAAGCUGACCGAUUCGGCGCUCCGGGCGAUCGAGGACUUUCAGCGAAAUCAGCUCAAACUCGGCACCGCACUCAACCCGUCGAUACAGUUCCUCGCCAACGGACAGGGCUACCUGUCCUUUCCCUCCAGCGGCAGCAAUGGUCAAACGUUCAGCUUCUCCAUCGCGGACAUCGAGGGCGGCGGAUCGAUCGAGUGCAUCCAGCAGAGCCAGGGUCAGCAGCUGCAGAACAUGGGUCACAUCCCGCACAAGAUGCGGAUACACGCCAACGACGAUGUGUACGAGACGACGAGGCACCGGAUGGCGGCCGCCGAGGAGAACCAAAAGAAUAAAUGUACAAGAGAGAUCAAGCCCAACCAGAACGACAUAGGACGUAAAGUGAAAUUAAAAAAUCCAACCGCUCGUAUCAACAACAUUCCUAGUAGUAAUACAGUGUUAAGCAAACGUGAUUCGCUGCAUAGUUCCAGCAACAACUACAGCAGCAGUAACAACAGCAGCAAUGCUGUGAAUAGUAAUUUAUCUUCGUCAGUUCCCGCGCUCGCAAACAACAACAACAGUAACCACCACAACAACCACCACCAUAACAACAGUAGCAGCAAUAAUAAUAAUAACUACAGCAACAACAACAUCAAUAGCCAGCUGCUGUCGGCGGCCAAUAACAACAUCAGCAACUACAACAACCUGUCGACGUCCCCAAAGCUACCGAAAAGCAAUGGCCUGCAGCACAACAACUACAACAACAACAGCAAUAGUAACAACCAUCAGUCGGUGGCGGCGGCGCAUCCCGUGCAGCCUAAACCCGGCUAUCAGCACACGGUGCACGAUCCUCCCCAUCAGCAGCAAAAGUCUGAAAACGGUAUCGUUCCCAACCGGGCGACGAACGGGCGAACGCAGCAUAAACCCGGCAAUCCGGAAAUUAUGAAGCGUAACAUUAGAGAAAGGUUGAUCCAUCUACUAGCACUAAAGCCAUAUAAAAAACCAGAACUGUACGCAAGAAUAGCUCAAGACGGUGUUCGCGGGCCGGAAAAAAAUUGUAUAACACAGGUACUGAAAUCCAUCUCCAGCAUGCGGGAUAACGUCUACUAUCUGCAUCGGCACAUCUGGAACGAUGUGCAGGAGGACUGGCCGUUCUACUCGGAACAGGACCGGCAAACACUCAAAAGGCGGAAACCUCAAAAUCUUACACCUCCUCUCAGCUCGGACGGCGGCUCGUCCACCUCGGGACAGAGUCCGUCCAGUGCGCACAACGGCAGCAGUCCGCCGUCCAGCGGCAAAAGGCCAUCGACCGGAGCCGGUCACGACGACAGUAGCAGUGUCGGCAGUAUGCCCACGUCCAAGAAACCACGAAUCAGUCACUACAAGAAGGACGUCCUACCGGAUAUCAAUCGGCGUGGCGUAACCGACUCCAGGGACACUAGCAAUAUGAAUCCACGUUCCAGGGAGCACGACGACAGUAGUGUACGCUCGUCGAAGCACUAUCGCAACGGAUCAAACGUGACACCAAACGCGCAGGAAUCUGAGGACAGCGGGGUAAGCUUGAGUUACUCACUGGUGCCGAAUGAUGUGGCACGAAGGAUACAGCAAUCAACCGGGGAGAUGACGGACGUGAUGGCGGAACGGGACAACUACGACGACCAGAUCAGUGCGUACCGGGAGGAUUCGAAGAAGGUGAAAAGCUUGAAGGAUGAUUUUAGUGAUCAAUUUACCAGGAUAACCUCGGUGGAACAACGGCGUCAAUAUAAGACUGAAUUUGACAACGAUUUUCAAGAAUAUCGUCGGCUGCAUCAAAUCGUUGAGAAGGUGUCGCAAAAGUUUGCUCAGCUGGAAGAGGAUCUGCAACAGGAGAGGCAUAAUGAGAGGCGAUAUAAGGACAUACAAAGGCAAAUUAUCAAGGAGUACGAUGAGAGUAUAAAGGAUAUUCGGUUUCAAGAGACUAAGCAAAGGUUCAACUAUCUACACAACAAGCUAUCUCAUAUCAAACAUCUCGUGCUCGAUUACGACGACGCCAUCACCAACGGGCUAUGUCGGCCGCAGGAGAAUUACUGACGAUUAGUGAAGCCUGUAAAACAGCACCCGUCGCAAUUCGUAUGUUGAUGACACUAAAGGCCACCUACCCGCGUUAAUCUUAGCGCAUUGUCCGCUGCACUGAACCUCAACUGAUGUCCCCGGUUUUCCGAGAAGUUAUUAGACUAUCGGCCUCGGCAGUGCAGGGCUGAAAAAAAAACUCGUGCUUUCAAUGGUGAAAAACUAAUACGAAACACAUGAGGGGAAGCAGCAAGCAGCAGAGCCACGGCAAGCGAUCCUUUGUUACCUUAUAUUAAUUAUUUGUUUAGCAGUUAGCAGUAGAAAUCCAGCAGCCACGAAGAACCCUAUCCUUAACCAGGGAGAAAUCAGCCGGAAGGGAGAAAGCAUUUUCAUAGUGAGUGUGAUUGAAUCGUGCCACUUUCUCGUCCGCGGGAUAAGCCUCCCGAUCAAGCAGUAAAGUCGUCGAACCGCACACACGCACAUGCGCGCGCGUGAAUUAUCGCGAAAACUUCUCGCGACGGUGGUGCUCGUUCGUUCCCCGCCUUUCCCCAUCCAGUAGCAAUUAGUCAUUCUCGUCAUCGUCGUACUCGCGGUUUCUCGCCACAGAAAGAUUUACACCUUCCCCCCACACACGCAAACAGGUAUCUAUUCGAAAAAAACAAAAUCUAGAGAAAGAGAAACUGUUCCAAAGUUACAGCACUAGGAAACCGAAAAGAAAAAUGUAGCGAAAUUAUUUUUUUGGAUCAGCAUAAUGCACACCUUCCCUCCUUCCACACAUGCACACAUCUGUGGGGGAACACACAUACACACAUAUAAGAGAGAGUGAGAGACAUUAUCAAAUGAAUUGAUUUCUAAGGAUUUUUCUUUGAAUUACUUGUAGGAGUUUAUGAAACUUAACUAGUUAAUUGAAUGUUAGCAGAAAAGAAAGCAAGCGAGAGAAAAGAAGAAGAAGCAUAGCAGUAAAUAUAGGAGAAACCAGAGAGAAAGCUCGAAGUCGCCAAGAGAAAAUAACGUUAUUCUAGUAGGAUUUUUUGAAUUAAUUUUUCUUAGUUUUCUCGUUUUUAAUUCCUAUUGUUUCAUUGAGCGAAGACAAUUGUUCCCUUUUAAACAAAAAAAAAGAGAAAGAAAAUGAAAGCUGAGCGAGGUAGAAAAAGAGAAAGAGAGAGAGAGAGAGAGAGAGCGACACACCAAUGGUUGUUAUAGAGUGAAAACAAAGUCGUGAUAUUCUGUUUGCUUUCUUCCAUAAAAUAAGCGGCAACAUAUUGUCGCAAAAAAUUGCCAACAAUUGUUACAAAACGAAAAA